AUGGAUGAGUUCGAACUACCGCUCAUUAUAGGUGACGAUAACGACAUGGAUAUCGGCUCAAAUUCUUCAUGUGUGAGAUGGUAUCAAAAGGAGAUCUGGCAGCUCACCAAGCUCCCCUAUUACGAAGAUCUCGAGAGACAAGCGAACAAGACUCUCGCCAGCAUAAAGGCUGGCUUAUCACACGCGAUACUUCUGAAUGAUCCCAUCACUGGUCUCAUGCACUGGGUGCCGGAAUUGGAACGAUACAUUGAUUAUCAUGGUCGUCGUUUAAGUAAAGACGAUCACAUUCUGUUCGUUCGCCUAUUGAAUUGUUCGGUCAAAAAAGGCAACACCUUCAGGGACGUGAAAAUUUCAAUGCACUGUCUCAAUAAGUUGCUUGGCAAACGCGAUUUCCUGUUGCGUGGUGAUUUGGAAAUCGAUUGGAGACCCCUCUUUGAUUUGUAUGUCGAAGUAUCCUACAAGAACUUGGAGGAAGAUGGCAUUUUCCUCAUGCCAGAUGGGUUCAGAUCUGAACUACAAGCAUACAUUUCACAUUCUCGGCGCUAUUUCUCAGAUAAUGCAACGCAGCAAUUACUUGACGAGUUGCGCCCGUUGAUGUGCGUCUGGGAUGAGUCCAUAGUACGGGCUUGGCGAUUACUAGAAUUGUUUGUGCCAAUGAAUCUCCCACCCGACAGACAGAUUACACAUGGGAGCGGGUUGUGGCUGGAUGAGGCAUGGCAUUGGUUCGUAACAGUGGAGAACAAUAAUCUCGUCGAAGCAUCCAUCUUGAAGAUGUUUGUGAGACUAUCUGUUGAGUGUCCAGGAUCAGUUGAUUGGACUGACAAACUUGACGUCAUUUUUACGAAGUUGAUUCGAUCGUUUCGGCUUGGUAGCGUCGUAGGGCUUUGUCAGCAGUUCAAUUCAGAAGGUGCAUCAGGGUUCAUCACAUAUGCAAUGGGAACACAGUGUCACGAAAAGCUGAUGAAAAAUUUGCAGUCAGUUUUUCAAUUGGUGGAGUCUUACCUACAUCCGUCGAAUCACGGCAUGCAUACACAACAUUUGCUAAUUCCAGCCUCCAUGCGGCUUACACAAGUCCACCUUGACGAGUUUGUCACGCAAAUGCUGCCAUGUCUGAAAUUGGCAAUGUUCUCCAAAGCACGGAAUGACGUAUAUCCUGCUCUUGAGACUCUCACUGAACCUCAUCGUUUGCUUCAAGCUUUACAAGUACUUGUUGCUGUGGCGCCAGUGCUGGCCAAGGACCAGCCCGAUAAAAAUGGGAAGACGUUC